UCUGCCUGUGAGGUUAGACCACUAGUUUGAAAUAUUGACUGAAGGUCAAUAUUUUCUCCUACUUCCUCCUCUCUUAUAGACAAUGCUCUUUAACCUUGAAAAUAUUUAGGAUUUCUCCAUGUCUGUUCUAUAAACUCUCUGGCAGGAGAUCUUGAAUCCUACAUUACCUUGUCUUGGGUAUUUGGACCCAUAUACCUAACAACUUAGGUAUAAUAAUAAUAAUAAUAAUGAUAACAAUAAUAUACUGAAGUACAUGCAUGCGCACGUGCACACACACAUAUACAGGCACACACACAUGCACUGCACAUACGCACACACAUGCACACACGCACACACAUGCACACAUGCAUCUACAGAUACACACAUACAUGCACACAUGCACACACAUGCACACACACACACACACACACACCAUGUGUACUUUUUAAAAAAUGCAUAGCACUGGUUGAUAAUCCUGGAAGUCAAGUGUUCUUAAAGUUCAUUGUGUUCUGUGAUACUUACAACAUGCAGACAUUUCCCAUUUAAUCAGUGACAUCAGUAUGUAAGGAAAACAUUCUUGAUUUUGCUUUAUGACUCUGCAGUUGGACUAUAGAGAUGGCUUGCUUGACCCUUAAAGACUAGGCUCACAACCAAAAGGACAAGAGUCUACUGUCAUUGCUCUUAAAUGCUAUACCAGAUGAGCCCUAGACAGCAAGGAUUUUAUUUGGAACGAGAAUUUGUCCCAAUAAUUUUGAAGCUUAGACAUAGUUAAAAGUGAGUAGUUUGUUGUUGUUGUUGUUGUUUGUUUUUUCCAGAAUGAGGCAAGUGGAACUUCUGAGUUCAUUUCCUUGUGCCCCAGGGUCCCUACCUAACCUGGAGAGUUACCUUUGCAGCUGCCUUAUUUCUGUACCUCCCUUUUCUCAAGUGUAAUGCGGGUUAAAGACCUCCUAAGUGUCUUCAGAAUUCCGGGCCAACCGUUCAAUGGGGUGGACACAGUAAGCAGUUCAUAAAAACAUCAUAUUGGAAUGAAGAAACACACACCACUGUGCUGAGUCCUACUCCCAACUUUAUUAAGCUUUGUUUAGGUUAUAAUUUAAAAAGGAGCAAAGAGGCGUGCGGGCGGGACAUCCCGCUGUUUGGUGUGCGUGUUCCCCUACUGCCAUGAGCGGUACACUCACGGUGUAGUGGAGACCACAGCUGGACACCAGAUGUCUUCUUCCAUCACACUACUCUUUAUUUACUGAGACUUUGCUCUCUUCUGAACCCCUGAGCUUGUCCCGGGGGUCCCUGCUGCCGCCUCCACACUUGCCUGGCUUUACAUGGGUUCUGGGGCUCCUAACUUCACGGACAUCACACUAAGUGUUCUAUGUGCUCAGCCAUCUCCUCAGCCCAGAACGUCUUCUUUUUCUUUCUCUUAGAUUUAUUUUAUGUUUAAUUAUGUUUGCAUGGGGGUGGGAGGAUGUGUGUGUGUGUGUGCGUGCGUGUGUGUGUGUGUGUGCGUGCGUGCGUGCGUGCGUGCGUGUGUGUGUGUGUGUGUGCAAGUGUUACCCAGGCCAGAAGAGGGCAUCAGACACCUUGGAGCCAGAGUUAGAGGCAGUUGUGGGCCACCGAACUGGGUGCUGGGAACUUGGGCCUUUGCAAGAGCUGUAGGUGCUCUUAACCACUCUCUCUCUCCAGCACCCAGCCCAAGACUUAAAAGACAUUAAAUUUGUGACAUGAAUUGCAAGCUCCGAAAAUAAAAAAUAAAUCGCUUGCACUGACAGCUAUUGCAUGGGGCCAGACACCGGUCCCUUGAAAUGAAAAGCUCCCACACCCUGCGCCCCAGCUCUCCUGUCUUUUCUUGGUGGCAGGUGCGGUUCGCAAGCCGCCACCAACCCCCACCCUGAGGGGAGGGGCACGAGAGGCUGACCACACUGGGCGAGGGGGUCGGGGUCCGGAGGCUUGAGGGAGCAGCUCAGGCGAUCGAUCACGUGCACGGAGGCUGGAUCAAAACCUGGUGGCUGGAGAGUGGAAGGGCAGAGGGCAGAACGCUCGCAUCGCGCAUGCUCCUGGGCUGCAGGCGUUAGUAGCUGCUCGGGAUCUGUCUUCACUUCCUAGGCACGUUGAAAAGCAGUAUCUGUCAGAUAGUGACAACAAAAGAGUCAUCAUGAAAAAACUUUCAAAGAGAAGAGAAGAGAUUUUUAGAAAGGUAAAGUAUUAAUGAAAACUUGAGGGCUUUUUAAAAAAUACAAGCUUUUAUAGCAUUUUACCAAGAUGUAUGAUUUCCUGAAAACUUCAUUUGUAUCCCGUUACUUUUAUGCUUUCUGUUAUACAUUCUGAUUUUUAAUCAGUUUGGAAGUAAACAACUUGGAUAUGAUAGCAUUGGUAAGUGGGGAUUCAUCUUAUGAGUUAGUGGGCUGGAGGCCAUUUUUUCACAGGAGUAAACACAAUGUGUGAGAUGUCUUUGGUCUUUGUGUUGUCUUUUUUGAGACAGGGUUUUUCUUCAUCAUCCUGUCCGUUCUGGAACUUAGUAUGUAGACCAGACUAGCCUUGAAUUCAUGGAGAUCUGCCUGCCCCUGCCUCCUGAGUGAGGGAUUAUAGGUGUGCACCACCAUGUCCAGUUGCAAAUGCCUUGGAUAUGCUGACUUGAGUUGGGUCUAUCCAGGAAUAGGGUAGCUGGAGCAUAUUAUCGUUGUGUCUCCAGGUUUCCUUGAAGAGUCUGCUUACUGCUUUCACUAGUGCCUGCCCCAGUUUUCACUCCCCACCAGUGCCUAAGGGUUCCCUCCACAUACCCAAAGCCUGAUUUUGUUGCUGUUCACUCUCUCAUGAUAGCAUCUUGCACCACUUUUAACUUUCAUUUCCCUGGGGGCUGGAAGUUUCAAGUGCUUUUCUGCAAGCCACAGUUGUUGUUUUGAAAGCUGUUGUGAGCGCCAAGCCUCCACUGGCAGGAUGAUGGGGGUGCGGUGUGCAACUUUUCAGUUCUUUACCGACUCCAGGCUGUCCUUCCUCUGCCAGUUGUUUUCUUUGCAGCCUUUUGAUGCCCCACAAUCCCAUUACUCUAUUCUGGUGACCAUUUUCUCUUCUGUUGGGGUCCUUUUCAGAAAGUCUUUGCCUAUGCUUCUAUCUUGAAAUGUUUGUCCAUGUUUUCUAGAAAAGCCCAACACUUUGUCGAGCAGUUUAAAAGUUACACUAAGGUCUUUGAUCUACUUGGAGUUGACUUUUGAACAAGGGAAGAGAGGAGGAUCAUUCUGUAUAUGAACAUAUGGUUUUUCCAGCUUCUUGUUAAAGAUGUCUUUUUUUUUUUUUUUACAAUGAAUGUUUUGACACCUCUUUCAAAAACUGGGCAGCUCCAGCUGUGUGGGUGUAUAGCUGGGUCCUGCGUCCAGGGGAGACUGAGGAAACUUGGUUCUGAUGUCAGCCAAGGGUAGGUUGUAGCACCGGUGAUAGCAGCAGGGCAGAUGCACUCACUUCAAGAAGAGAAGCAAAAACUGUGACUUUGGCUCACCUUACAUUAGAUCUAGGCCACCGCUGGAAGAUGUCAUUCGCAUUUGAGAAGGGGCCUUCCCCUCAGCUAAUCUUUCUGGGAAACACCCUCGAUGAUCCACCCAAUGGGUAUGUCUGUUUCUUAGUUCAUCUUGGACUCAUUUAAGUUGACAAGCAAGACUAACCAUUGAAGAGGUUCGUGAUUAUCGAGACAGGGGCAUAUCCCCUCAUGGUGACCUUAUUCAGGAGUUUUAAUUGUGAUACGAGAGUCACUGGCAGACUUUGAAAUUCUUCCGUAAAGUCUGUUGACUAGAUUCUUGUUAUAUUAAUCUUUGAAGAAUCAGGAUCAUGUUGAUGUCCUGCUUUGAUUUUCAAUGAGAGUCCAUUUUAAUACAUGUAUGUAUAUAUGUAUGCAUGUAUGCAUGCAUGUAUGUGUAUGUAUUCACACGUACAUAUGCAUGCCAUAGCAUACCUAUGGAGGUUGGAGGGAGACUUGUAGGAGUUGGACCUUUUGUUUUACCGCGUGGGUCCCAGGGAUAGAAUUCAGGUAGCCAGCAUUGGUAACAAGCACCUUCACCCACUGAGUAUCUCAGCAGCCCCUGAAUCCACAUUUUUUAAUGCAAUUGUGAAACUAAUAUGUGUCUUUUUAUUCUUCCCAUUCCAGCUUCAGGCUAUUUUGGUCAGCAGGUACAAUUUUUUUCAAGAACCUUUGCUAUUAUGUAUCUUAAAUUUAAAGUUUGAAACAAACUCCAAACCACUAGAGAGUGAGAACAGUUACUUUAUAAGCUUCGAAAGACCUCAAAUGUUCAUCUUCACAUACUAGAAAGUGAUAAUGGUACUCAGCCCCCCCACCCCCCCAACAGGGGGAGCUGGAAUGGUUUUUGAUAUUUGAGAGAGAAGUCCGAGUUAGGCACACAUAUUUGGGAGGCCAUGUCAGGCACACAUGUACUCACCAAAGCCUUGGGUACACGUGCCUUUCUGUGAUGGGGAACAGGGUGGCCACUGAAGGGAUGGGGAGGGGAGGGGACAGUUAGGAAUCGGAGGCAACGUACAGAUAGCUUUCAGGAAGGAAGGUGUCUGCUUUGUCAGGUGUUGCAGAGAAAUCCCUCAAGCGAUGACACAUGUAGGGUGUUAGGCUUUUAAAGUACUUUUAUGAAUGUUUAAUUUCACCAGACUUUUCUAGAAGAUUCAGGAGGCAUGUAGUACACAAACACAAAGAGCUAAGUCUCCGUCGGAUUUUGUCAUUUAAAGGGUUUUGUUUUGUUUUGUUUUUCUUUUUUUGAGAUUUCAUGUGGCAAUGACUUAAUUUAAAAAUCAAUCAUAUAUAAAGAAUUCAUAUAGGAGCUGGAAAGAUGGCUUAGUGGUUAAGAGCACUGACUGCUCUUCCAGAGGUCCUGAGUUCAAAUCCCCGCAACCACAUGGUGGCUCACAGCCAUCUGUAAUAGAAUCUGAUGCCCUCUUCUAGUGUGUCUGAAGACAGCUACAAUGUCCUUACAUAUAAUAAAUAAAUAAAUCUUUAAAAGAUGAAUAUGCUAAAAAAGAAUUCAUAUGAAUUAGUAUAAUAAUUCCAGUUUGAGCAGCCAGACAAAAGAGUAUUAGUGGAUGUUUUAUAGAAGAUGAUGUUGAGACUGACUGACAUAGACAAGCUGUUCUGUAACCGCCAACUGCAGCCUAACCUUCCCUUCUUCCCCCCCCCCCCACAGAUGUCAGAAGCAGCAACCAGCAGCACAGAAGAAAUAAUGGACAGGCGACUGUCAAAAGGUUCUCCUGCAGAAGAAAAUCGAAACAUAACAGAGACACUGAGAGGCAAAGUAAGAGAAAAACUAAAACAUGCUAAGAUCAGUCAAGGGGAAAAGUCCUCAGCCGAGCUGCUCGCUGACACAAGGACUUGUCGCUGGUCCAAGACUGAAGUCUUGCUGGACGAAGGUCUUUCAUUUUUCAUCCUGAGUGGGGAAGAAGAUUCAGCAGCGAGCCGGUCUUCGAGGCAGAAAACAGUAAGUGAGAGUUACUUCAAGCACUGUGCAUCUGGUGGUGGUUUCCAAAUUGCUACUGAGGGCCAAGAUGAGGAUUUUAUGGAGGAAGUAAUCUUAACAGAUUUAUUUGAAGUGAAAGCUGCGAAAUAUGAAGAUGAUCAAGAACUGAUAAAAAAACAGGAGGCAACUAUCUUUGUGCCGAGUAGUUCUCCAGUGGCCAGCCAGCAGAAACUGCCCAAAGGUGUGCUGCCUCGCAUUUUAGAAGAUGAAGGACUCUACACUCAGAAAAAGCCAGAGACUUGCAAAAAGAUCUGCAACAAAAUGGAAAAUCGCUUGCUCAGCCUGCAGGAGGGAAAAUGUUGGUUUGAAGAAAGUGGAGAAAUAAUGUCAUUACCUUCGCCUCUUAGACAGUCGUGGAAUUUUAGGCUCUGCAUGUGCAAGGAAUCAUUGAAUCCAGCACUAAAGACUAUACACAGAAAGGCAGAGAAAUAUGACGUGGGAUGCUGUUUUAGAAACAGAAUGGAUGGUCAGAGGGAAACGUACCAAUUAGACCUGAACAUCGUGGGCUUGCAAUUCAGCCAUCACCCUCUCUUCAAUCAAGAACAAGUCCUGUGUGCCAGGCUGCUCCAGCUCUGUGAGUCUUUCCAGGACAGACAGAAGCAGAGCUUAUCACAGUUGCUCUACGAGAAGCUGAGAGCCCUGAAGGAUGCUACCAAAUUAGCAAGCAAAAACCCAGAAUCAAGCCAGUUCACCAAGAAAUCAUUACAAGAUUAUUAUCAACAGAUAAGCGACACAGAGCAGCUGUAUGAUGCAGAAAGGGAAAAGGACCACUGCCUGUUGCACAGUGUCUCCCAGACUUGGAAACAGAUAAAAUCUCUCCGACAAAAGCAGGGAUUCACAAGCACCCCAGUGAAGCUGCAGUUUCAUAGGAUAAAAAUGAACACGUGGGAUGAGCAGAACCAAGUGGGAAUGUCAGAGGGACCCGGGGACGAAAGUGAAGAAACGCCAUUUCCAAAGGAAGACCCCCAGGAGACUCUCUCCCAUCCAGCCUCAGACCCUGAAGGAUUGGAAGCUGAAAGAAGAAAGCCAAUCACUCUGGCGCCGCAGCUUUCUUUCACAGCAGAACUGACAAACAUAUCCAAGUGUUCCUUAUAUGAGCAAAAGAGGAGAGCCAAAAUGCAGAAGCUUAAAUACUUCAUCAAAAUAUUUUACAAUGAUAAACAGGUUUCCUGCACCUCAGUAUCUCCCCUACAGUUAGAUUUUAAAGUCAUGUUUCAACAAAUUUUUAACAUUCAGCUGAUGUAUUGGCCCGAGACGAUCUGCUUGGAGGUUUAUGAAAUAAGAAAAAGGUCAACUUUACUGGUUAAAAUGUAUCUGCCUUUACCUAACAAGACAGAGCUGAAAGGCAAGACUGCCCUGGAAUAUACAGAAUUUAGUUCUGAUAAACUGGUCAUACCUAUGGACGGAGGCGUAGGAAGCAAUGUGCCUUUUAAUCUCGAGGAGAGUGAGAAUGAAGAACUGUGCCUUUUAACCUCAGGGAAACUUAGCUACUCUCUCUCCUGGGCCUUAGAUGAAAAUGGGAUGCCUUUGACACCCGUGUCACAGUCACUGAACUCUGCAUACUGCAGUGUGCUAAGAAAUGUUGACGCGAGAGGUGUUCCUGGACUCCCGUGGAUCGUGAACUCACAAAAGCUUUGUGACUGGGCAGAUGACAUCAGGAUUGACCCAAAUAAUCCAGAGUAUUCAGAUAUAACAGAACUGAUUAUGUAUUUGAGACACAAAGGACAGGAAAUCCCCAAAUAUUUCCGUCUUGAUCAGUUGCAAGAUGAAUUUAACUUUGUGUCUGAGGAAGAAAUGAAAAGGAGCAAACGCUUCCAGCUGUUGGAGCUGAGAAAUGCAGGCCAGCUGGAUCUCUUCCUCCUGCAGCAGAUGCCCCUCUACGACAACGAGAUUCCAGACAUAGUCUUCCAGGAGUUUGAAAGUCAAGCACAGAAGGAUGUGUCCAUUUCAGAUGUGAACUCUAUCACUGCACAAAGGAUUAAUUCUGUCAAUUUUCUGAGAAAGGUGAGAAGGUUGAUCAUGAAAAAAAUCGUCAAAGUCAGCAAAUUUAACUUGUCAGAUAUUGUGGCCGACUAUGAAGAAAUUGUAUCUACAAGCCAAUUGACAGAUGCGCUUUGUAAGUUCAUUGAACCACGAAGGAAGUUAAAACCUCAGAGGAAAGAAAGAAGAAAAGUCACAGCCCAGAGCAUCUCUGAUGGCGAUAUCAAGAUUCUCGUCAGGAUCCUGAGGGCCUACAACAUUCCUACCAGAAAAACAACAUCGUAUAGAACUUGGAGUAUGCCUACUUACCUGAGCUCAUCCAUGUCUUACCUCAGAUAUCAAAAUGAAGCCAAACUUGUACCCUCGAAUGAAGUCAUAAAUGAGGAUACUGUACACCCUUUCAUAGAAGUUUCCUUUCAACAUACUGUAUAUCAAACCAACAUUGCAAAUGGAUCUCAUCCAUGCUGGAAUGAAGAAAUCAAGGUAGAUUUUAUCUCGCCAGGACACGAUUACAGUUUCUCUAGUCUAUCUAAGAUAAAAGACAACAUACACAUCAACGUUUUUGAUGAAGUGGUGAUUGAAAAACAUGAGGACCAUUGUCUCAAGAGCUGCAGUGCCCACUCAUACAUACAGAAGAACUGGCUGGGCUCCAUCAGCUUCCCUUUCUCAGCCCUUCUGCAACAGCCUGAGAUUAGCGGGACAUUUCAAGUGAACAUCCCACCCAUUUUGCUGGGGUACACCUGGAGUAACACUUAUGUCUCUCCUAGAGAAGACUGCAGUGGACAGAACCCCAAAGAAUGUACCUUCCUAAACAUUUUUGCUACGAUUGAACCUCAGAUAUCAUACGUCAUGUACAACCCCAAAGUAGAUGAGUUUUCAGAUCAAAUAGACAUUUUACAGCGAGCACAGACUUUUACCAGGAACUGUAAGGCCAUGUUUCCCAGUCGGAGAGUCAUGGCGACUGUUUUCAAUGGUGAAGGGAUGCAAAUCUUAGUCACAAGAUAUAUCAAGGCAUUGAAUCCACCUCAGCAACUUCUGGAUAUAUUUCUUCACGACUCAAAUGCAACACUUGACCUCAUCGCCCGGUUUGUAUCUCUGAUUCCUUUUGCGGCAGAGACACUGGAUGAAAACGAUGGUGCUGACAUAUGGAUGACAUCUGAGUGCUGCAUUAGUUUGGCUAUUGGAAGCAAAGAAGAACACGCCAUACUUCUCUGUAAUUUCUUUCUGUACUUUGGGAAGAAGGCAUUGGUGAUCCUGGGAACCUCAGUACUAGAAGGCCAUGUGGCUUAUGUAUUAACUCAAGAGACUGGCGAGUGUUUGCUUUGGAAUCCAUCGACGGGGCAAUGUUAUAAGCAGUUCGACCCAUUUUGCCCUUUGCAAAGUGUAGAUUGUUUGUUCAACGAUAAAAAUGUCUGGUUUAAUAUUCAACAAAAUAAUACACCAAUGGCUGUACAUUUUGACUGUUCAAAAGAAAGCUUCUGGAAACAGCUGCUUCCAAAAAACUUCCAAUGGACCAAAGCCCAGAGUGUACAGCCUGAAGAAAUAGUUUACUUGGAUACCAAUAAAAGCAUGGUAGAAGAUCUAAAGAGCAGGAUAGAAAGAGCACUGAAAUGUAAGAUGAUGGAAUGGCGGCCUAAACACCCAACACGCUGGAAUCGACAGUGCACUUCUGUUCUACGGCAAAUCCUUCCUAAACUAGAGUUUUACACGGGAAGCUUUGCUUCGUUUGAAGACAGUGAGUUGGAAAGGCUGCUACAGUUUUAUUGGGUCACAGGAUUUCCCAUCCAGAUGCCCUACACAGAUGUCCAGGCAGUCAUUGAUGCCGUGUACCAGACAGGAGUUCACUCCUCUGAAUUUCCCCAGACGGAAUUUGCAUUGGCUGUGUACAUUCAUCCAUACCCAAACAACAUUUUAUCUGUGUGGAUCUAUUUGGCUUCCUUAGCCCGACAUCAGUGAAAUGGAAGAGGGGAAAAGACAAAGAGCACUGUGUUCUCUUAAACCCAAGCUUUCCUGACACCUUAAGAUUUUGCUGCUUUCUUUUGAGUUGAUCAAUGCUGGGCAUAAUUUGGGUUCCUACAUAGAGUUGAGUACUGUGGAGAUCACAUCAGCACCCCUUCCCCAGCCUUUGCUGAUGAGCCUAGAGGACCUCUUUGCCAACACACCUCUUCUGGGAGACACUUCAGGUAGUCUGGUUGUUUUGUGUACCUCAGUCCACACUAGAUCUCAUUCUGGAAAAGAAGCAAUUCUGGCCUGCUUCAUCUGAGCCAUCUGGGGAGUCUUAUUAAGAAUGAAGAUGUUUAGGUCCACCCAAGACUUCCUGAAUCAGAACCUGUGAGAGGAGAGCCGCAUCAUUUUCAACAAGCUCCCAAGCAACUGCGAUCCCGAUGAGGAGUGAGAGACCACCCUUGCGGAAUGUCAUCAGUACUAACGAGACGCGGGUACAUCCGAUGCUAGUUCUGGUACAGUUCCAGGUGGAAAUUUCUCAGAGGGAACUCUGAGGUCAUAUUCUAGUCUGAAAGCCAGCAGGCUCGAGAUGGAAGAAAAACCUGUUUCAGUUUGAGUUUAAAAGCCAGAAAAGAACUAUGUCCCAGCUUAAAGAAAUUAAGCAGGAGGAAAUCCCCAAUCUCUUACUCAAUUGAGGGAGGGCAAUCUUUUAACUCUGCUCAGACCUCCAGCUGUCUGGAUGAGAACUGCCUACAUUCAGAAGGGCAGUCUGCUUUAUUUGGCUUACCAAGUCACAUAUUCUCCAAGCCAGCACUGCCUUCCCACGAGUAUCCAGGGCAUAAUCCAGGAUGUUUGAUGAGUGGGUGCUCCAGUCACGUAGAUUCAUAAAUUACGUAUUAUAAAUACCUGUGGAUUUUGAUUCCGGUUUUUGAGAAUAGCAUAAAGACUAACCUUAACGUUCUGCACCAUCGUGGCUCGGAACUAUGACCCAGGCUCCCCCGGAUCCAGUUCGUUACAGGUGUGAUCUCCCUUCUCCCAACCGCUCCAAGUGCCAAGUGUCAAAUAUUUUGGAGAAGGACGACAGGUGUCACAGCAAUACGAGCAGUUAAUGGGCUCAUCCAAAUCUAAGUGGGAGAUGACGGCGUUUCGGGCAAAGACACUGGAUGCGAAUGUGUUGGUGGUGACUUAAACAGUGCCCAGGUGUAAAGUUGUACCAAGGAGACAAAUCAAGAACAGGGCCCGGGACUUCUGGUUCCUAGUGAGAGUUCUAUAUCCAAAGGAAUUGGAUAGAGCCUGGGAAGAGCCCCGAAUGUUCCAGUGUAGAAUGCUCACUAGACUAGGAUGUAUGGCGAAAGAGAGGUGCACAGUAUACCUAGGAGUAAACUACCGUUUUACACAAACAAGGCAAGUAGCCUACACAGGUGCUACGAAAAAGACCUGCAUGCUUCUGGGAAGAUACAGCAGAAACCACGGCAGUAGUGGUGCCUCUGGGAAAGGCCACCUCUGGAAGAAGUGGAGAAAGAAAUCAGCUGGUUAUUAUGCAUAGUUUUAUGUCAGUUGGAUGUUUUGCCUUUUGCUUGCAUUUAUUUUAAAGGUGUUUUCUUUUUUGACAAAAAGCAAUAGAUUUCUUUUUUUUAACAUUUAGAUACAUUUUGUGUAUUGUUUACAAUGUUUUGGUUUGUGGUACCAUUGCUUGAAGCCAGGGACUCAGGUAUGUCUGGGCAAACACUUUGCUGCUGGCCCUCUCCCCUAGUUCUCAGCACACAGCGUUUGAUAACACACUGCAUCAAGUAUAGAGAACUUCAUGAAUAAUCCCCUCCCCUGCGUGUUCUGAUGUUAGUGUCUUGGCCGCCAGAGCAUGGCGGCUUCCCACUGCCUGAAGUACCCGGAAUUACAAAGGCCUACCAGAGAAUCUGGUCCCCCCCCCCUCACCUCUUGCAACCCGACUCAGGGUUCCAUUCUCUGGCUGUGGGGGUGCCUUGUCCGGUUCACUUUAAAACCCUUGCUAGUCACUUCAAGUUUGGAGUAUCUUUACUGAAGAUGUAAAUUGUCCUCCACUUUCCUUCCGAAUCCGUUUUCUCCUGAGAACCCUUUUGCAUUUAUAGUCCCCUCUGUCUGGCACACCUCCGCCAGCUAGAUACCCGGUCACUUACUUCCCCUCAGGCCUUUGCAUGGCUUUCCUAUCAUAAAACAACAUCCACCUAACUAGUCUUUCAUUUUGGGGUUUUUUUUUCCCCUUUUCUUUUUUUCGGAGCUGGGGACCGAACCCAGGGCCUUGCGCUUGCUAGGCAAGCGCUCUACCACUGAGCUAAAUCCCCAACCCCUCAUUUUGUUCUCCUCACCGCACCUGUUACCAUGUGGUAUGGAUUUAUUUCUCAUCUAUUAUGACUUUCUCUUCCCAGUAGAAUGUAAACUAUGGGAUCACAACAAUUGAGGUAACUUUCUGCCCAGCUCACUCUAAAGAAAUGAAAAAAAAAGGGGGGGGGGGCUGAAGUUCCUUUUAGGACUCUAAGACCACCAGAGACAUACACAGGCAUGAACAAGAAUGAAUAUUGGCAUCUUAUUAUGAGCCAUCUAAGUCUAGAAUAAUACAUGCUUUCUAAACCAGUAUCUCCCGGCAAACGUCUUCAAAGUAGAGACUGUAGGACAACCUGCUUAUUACAGGAUCACACAGACGAUUACAGUCUGUGACCCACUUUUCCGAAAAGGUUCUUAAGAAGGCCUGGACUCUUAAGUCAUUUGGAAGCCAAAUUAUCGCCAUAAAGCUGCUUACUAGUCAUGAAUUGGAAACCGAGGACUUGGGUACUAUUUAAAUACCAUAAACGACAUGAAAAUUUUAGUCAGAUAACGUCCUUCUCCUCUGCCAGUAGCCUCUUCCCCAACUGCACCAGGCUAGGCUGGGUUCUGCCAACUUUCACGUGUACGCUUCCAUUUUCUUCCCAUCAGUUCCUGAAUCCCUGCUUUCCCCGGGCAUUGUGUAACAUUGUCACACCGGGGUCUGCAGCAGUCCUUCCGGGAUGUAUGCAAACACCGGUGUGAUAAGUCAGGCUCCCCGCCGUGUGCACUCAUCUUUUUGUAGUAGCCCUUUGUCACUCUUCCUCUUUCUUAACAAAAUAUUCAAAGUAAGGGGUGAGGUCUCAUGAUUUAUGUUUAAAUAUUGAAAAAGAGUCGCUCUAUAUCUGUGGACCCGUCUACUUCUUUUAUGGUGGUCCACUUUCAAAUAUAAUUGAUGGGGUUUCUGUUACUCACACACCAAUUCCAGCAUCACCUCUAUUGAGUGAGUGUUGUUCCCACCGUUUAGGGUUUCUUCAUUGACCACCACAGAUGGCCAAUUACAUCCAUUAUGGAUUUGACAAGCCAGGUUGCUAAAGAUGUUAAUUCCAGUCGUGAAUCGCUGAAGCGAAAGCAACAAGAAAAGCUGAGUUAGAAGAGCUCAAAGAGUACUGGGUUUAGAGGGGAAACUGAAGUAGAACUUGACAACCAAAGCGCUUUAGGGACUGGUAAGAGCUAAAGCCAUUUGGAAGGUUUGGGGUUGGGGUUGGGGGGUCCGGGAGAGCAGCCCCUUGGAAGUGAGACAGCGGGCCACACCCGCGCCGCCCAGUUUUAAUCGCAGGGCUGAGGCACCGCAACUUUCUCUGCCCGCACCCGGGACCGAUCGGAGAUUCUCUGCAGGUGAGCAGCCCUCGGGCGCCGACAGACAGCCUGGGUUGCAGAGCGAGACGGCCCGACACUAGGCGGGGGCUGUGGAGACGGACUCGCACCUGG